CAGUAUGACAUGCAGAUGAGUGCCGUCAAUCUUAGAAUCACCGCACACUUCACUCAUUUGGGCAGUCACGGGGCCAAAACCAGAGUGUGGAGCCACAGUGUGGCGGUGGAGGCAGCAGCAAUGGGAGGCCAUACAGCACCCUAUGACAAAAUGGAACCCACCAGCAGUGUGAGGAGAUGUGAAAGUGGCACAUGGCAGAGUGUGGCGAUGGAGACAGCAGCAAUGGGAGGCCGUACAGGGACCCAUGAGACACUCUGGACCUGGCAGCAGCAUGAGGAGGCGGUACAGGGGCCCAUGGCAGAUUACGGGCCUGGCAGCAGCAAUGGGAGGCCCGUAAUCUGCCAGCACCCUAUGACAAAAUGGAACCCACCAGCAGUGUGAGGAGACCUGAAAGUGGCACAU